AUGAGUCAACUUAGCAGUUACCACAUGAUGGUUGUAUCUUGUUAUUUCCAAACAAUCAAUGAUUUCAUUACUAUCUCCUUUGUGUCUAAAAAAUAUAGAAACAUUACCAAUUACUUCCAUUACAACCCGAUACCUUUAAACCACGCUAUCAUUAAAUACUUUGACCAUCUUGAGACUCUUCAUCUGUAUAACAAAACUGAUGAAACAUUUGGUAACACUGUUUGUAAGAAUGAAAAUCAAAAGGUUGAUUUAAUUCUUAAAAGAUCAUUUUACCAAGUUAUAGUUCAUUAUGCCAUUUCUUAUCAAAAAACAACCCUUCCUCAAAACUCAGAAUACACAUUUGACAAUGUCGUUUUUGAUAUAGAUGACACAAAAUUGUUUGAUAUUUUGAAUGAUCAAAAUUUACAAAAUAAUCAACGGGUUGUUGAUCACAACAAAAUCAUAACAAUCCCAAGUAACCCCAACCACGUUACUAAAACGAUUGGAAAAAAUUGUUUUCGCCAUUGUGUUGGUUUUAGUGAAAUUGCAUUUCCUUGUACACUUAUUAAACUCGAUAAAGCGUGUUUUUCGUCUUGUACCGACUUAAAACGUGUCAUUUUACCUCCAUAUUUAAAAUCAUUACCAAAAAAUACAUUUAAUAUGUGCUAUUCUUUGUCUUUUAUUAAAGUUCCAAAUGGAUUAACUUAUAUUGGCAAGAGUUGUUUUGGAUGGUGUUUGUCUUUAUGUGAAUUUGACAUUCCAAAAAACAUUGAUAAACUUGAGCCUUUUAUGUUUCAUGUGUGCACCAAAUUGUUGAAAAUUGAAAUUCCAACGACUAUAACUUCUUUGGGGUUGUGUUGUUUCCUAAAAUGUUCAUCUAUAGAAAGCAUUGUAUUUACAAAUUCGGUAGAUAUUGGUUGUAAUGUAUUUAAAGAGUGUGAAAGACUUACGUAUGUGAAACUUCCUUUUGACCUAAAAGUUUUAAAUAACUCACUCUUUGAAAAAUGCUUUUCUUUGAGUACAAUAAAAAUACCCAAAUAUGUCACUUCGAUUGGAAAUUAUUGUUUCAAAGAUUGUACAUCUCUUUCUUCGAUAAAUAUCCCAAUUGAUGUCGAACAAAUUGGCGAAGAAUGUUUUAAUAAUUGUGUCUCGUUGUCGAGUAUCAUAAUACCAAUCAAAGUCACUGAAAUAAAUUCAAGUUGCUUCAAAGACUGUGUCAAUCUUGUUAAUAUUCAAUUUUUAGGGGGUAAAUUUAUAUCAAUCAAAAAUAAUGCAUUUGAAGAUUGUGAAUCAUUGACUUCAUUUAAUUCAAAUGAGUCAAUCGUUUCAAUGGCAGACUCAUGUUUCGCUUAUUGUUAUUCACUUGAGCAAAUUAAGUUAGACGAUUAUAUAACAGAAAUACCACUUUUCUGUUUUAAAGAUUGUUCCAAUUUAAGUUCGGUAAUGUUGUCUUCCAAUAUUCUUCAAAUUGGAAAUUUUGCUUUUAACGGUUGUAUUUCUCUCAAACAAAUUGAAUUACAAAGCGUCGUAGAAAUUGGAAAUUCAGCCUUCACCAAUUGUUUAUGUUUAUCCAAAGUCAUUCUUUCUUCGAAUAUAUGCGAUUUGGAUAUCUUUACAUUUAGUGGAUGUGCUUCACUCAGUUCAAUUCAAUUACCACUUUCACUCAAUCGUAUAGGAUUCAAGUGCUUCAAUGAAUGUUUAUCAUUAAAAUCCGUCGUUAUACCAAAAAAUGUCACUCUAAUUGAAAGUAAAUGCUUUACUAAAUGCACAUCACUAAAUGAAGUUAUAUUCCCAGAACAUGCAAUAAAAUUACAAGAUCGUUGCUUCGAAGAUUGUUCUUCUCUUGAAUAUAUCAAAAUUUCACGAACUGUUUAA